CUACCUCCGCUUCUACCACGAACCCUUCCACGGAACGGCCAGAACCAACAUGAUGAUCCCUACGUUCCUUACUGUUCUUUCAGCCUUCCUUGCUAGCACAUCAGCUGCAGCAGUCGAGCGUCGCGAUCGCACAUGUACUGUUGAAUUAUCCGAGCAGCGCGGUCAGAACGCUGUCGGUGGUGGUGAUAAUUCACUGACCUGCGGUGUUAGCCUCGACUAUGGCGACGGCCGACAGGAUAUCCUUAGUGAAGCAUGCAACCAGAUCUGGCAUGCUGGUGAUCACUGCUUUAGCUCGCAGCUGCCAUACUCGAUCUGUAUCCACACCAACGGUGACAAGGAUGGCUACCUGAACUACAGCAAUGAACACCGGGACUUUAACGAGGAUGGCUGUUCACAAGACAGCUCAGCAAGUAUUGGUGGUGACGCUCAUACUAUCACUUGCACCUUCCCGUGCACAUAGAGAAGCACCAUAG